GUCAACGAUUUCUUGUCGGGCCGCUCCCCGCUCACCCUGGCGCUGCGCGUGGGCGACCAUAUGAUGUUCGUGCAGCUCCAGCUGGCGGCCCAGCAGAGCAGCGGGCAGCUCCAGCACCGGCACGUCAUCGCCAGCCGCGGCGAGGCGGGGGCCGCCAACAGCCCCCACUGCAGGACGCUGCACGGCAGCACCGGCUCCGGCUUCGCCCGCAUCCCCGUGGUGCCCGCCUGCCCGCAGAGCCCGGCCCCCAGCCCCACGCCCGCCGCGCCGGCCCCCCCCGUGUACUGUAAUGCCCCCCACCCCGCUCCCGUCACCGCCGGGAUGUUCCGGUCGCACGGGGCCAGCACGCAGACGGUGAACAGCAGCGUGGUGUCCUCCUGCUCAGAGGUGGACUGCAGCAUGCGCGGCGGCUCCUCGCCCAGCAGCAGCCCUGCCCCGAGCGCCCGCUCCCGCAAACCCGGGGCCGUCAUCGAGAGCUUCGUCAACCACGCGCCUGGGGUCUUCUCAGGGACCUUCUCCGGCACUUUGCACCCCAACUGCCAGGACAGCAGCGGGCGGCCACGGCGGGACAUCGGCACCAUCCUGCAGAUCCUCAACGACCUCCUCAGCGCCACGCGACACUACCAGGGCAUGCCGCAGUCCCUGGCGCAGCUCCGCUGCCAGACGCAGUUCUCCUCUUCCUCCUCCUCCUCUUCUUCCUCCUCCUCCUCCUCGCCGCCCGCGUCCCCGGACCUCACCACCAAAACUACCUCAGAGCCGCUGCCCGCAGCCGUGGCGUCCGCACCUCUGCACCCCGUCGUCCAGUGCCAAAGCCAGAUCCGGAUGUGCAAGCCCAGCGGGGAUCGCUUGCGGCAGACGGAGAACCGGGCGACGCGCUGCAAAGUGGAGCGGCUGCAGCUGCUGAUGCAGCAGAAGCGGCUGCGCAGGAAGGCGAGGAGGGACGCGCGGGCCCCGUACCACUGGCUGCCCAACCGCAAGUCAGCGCGCACCAACAGCAACAGCAGCGUCUCCAGCGAGGGCAGCCUGGACCUGGACUUCGAGGACUCGGUCUGGAAGCCGGAGGUCAAGGCGGACAUCAAGUCCGAAUUCGUCGUAGCAUAGAGCCGGGGCUGCGGCCGCGGACUCGUGUCGGUGGGGAGGCCCCUCCUCCACUUC